CCCACCAGUAGUGACUCGACUUUCACUCCUCCACUUCUGCACUUGCUUUCUCUUCCAUUUUCACUCACUAGCACUUUUAAAAUUCCAUCUUUUACAUUUUCUUGCAUGUGGUCACCCUUACUUUUUGCCUGUUACAUUUUGUUGUCCUUAUUUUCUGCGGGUGCCAAGAGAACGGUGCGACUCGUGGAGCUUGACUACAUCGAGUUAAGUCGACAUGAACACGUAAAUUAUUCGCGGCGUUGGAACCGAGAACAUGGGCCAGAGUUGGAAAUUCGGGCGAAUGAAUUCCCCUACGGACGGGAUAUCAAUCCCGUUACGACGACCCGGUACAAGAGGAUUGUCCACAAGGGGAGAGGAUAUCGGGGAAGAGUGCGUCGAAAUACGGGUCAAUAUCCGUCCCAUCAAGAGUUGAAGUUACUGUCGAAAAAUAUUACGGGAAUUUUGGAUGGUUUCUCGAAAAAGUAUGAUCGACGGGUUCGGCCUAAUUAUGGAGAUGAGCCGGUGGAAGUUGGCGUUACGCUGUACGUGUUGAGUUUAAGUGCGAUAAGUGAAGUAUUAAUGGACUUUACCUUGGACUUCUACUUUCGCCAAAUGUGGAAGGACUCUCGCCUCGCAUUUAGUGGUCCGGAAACGGUUAAAACGCUCAGUGUUGGGAGUGAGUUUCUGAAGCAAAUUUGGGUGCCAGAUACAUUUUUUGUCAAUGAGAAGACAUCCUACUUUCAUACGGCGACUACUUCAAAUGAAUUUUUGAGAAUCUCCAACGAAGGCGAUAUAACAAGAUCGCUGCGAUUAACGGUAACUGCCACGUGUGCCAUGGAUCUUAAAUACUUCCCUAUGGAUUCACAGCUUUGCAAUAUUGAGAUUGAAUCUUUUGGCUAUACCAUGGCUGAUAUUCGUUACAAGUGGGCAAAAGGGGCUGGAAGUGUCGGUAUGUCGGAAGAAGUUUCCCUCCCACAAUUCAAAGUGCUCGGCUUUCGACAAAAAUCUUUCGAAAUUGCCCUCUCCACCGGAAACUAUUCAAGAUUGGCGUGUGAAAUUCAGUUCGUGAGGUCAAUGGGAUACUACUUAAUUCAGAUCUACAUCCCAAGUAUGCUGAUCGUUUGCAUUUCCUGGGUAUCAUUCUGGGUAAAUCGUAACGCGGCACCUGCUCGAGUUUAUCUUGGAAUUACUACAGUCCUUACGAUGACUACGCUCAUGAGUUCCGUAAACAAAGAGUUGCCAAAAAUCAGCUACGUCAAGAGUAUCGAUAUAUUCCUAGGAACUUGUUUCUUAAUGGUGUUCGCCGCCUUGUUAGAAUACGCUACCGUCGGCUAUCUCGCGAAACACAUUCAGCGUCGCGUCAACCAUUUCGCCUCUCUUAAAAAAUGGCUGACGAAUUGAUCGCUAAACGCCGCGAGGCCGAAGAGGAAGCUCGACGCCAGGAAGAAAUUGUGAAUCAAAGGCUGGAAUUAAUGUACUACCGGAAACAGGAAGAAUAUCGGAAUCAGCAGCACGACCGGUCACCAAAUCCGAUCCCGACAUCCGGAUCAUUUUCGCAUCAUCCCCACCAAUACAAUUUACGCCACGGGCAGGGGCAGCAGCAACCACAUGGGAAUUAUUACGGUGGUGGUGCUGGUGGGGACACUCCGGUUAGGUCGGCCACGUUGGGGAGAAAACGACGCGACGACGGGGGCGGAAUGGAGAACAGGAAAAAGAUGAAUAAUUCCCUGGAAUAUAGAUGCUUGCCAAAACCGGAGCAAACCAUAAGACCCGUUCUGCCCAUAAAUCCAAACCAGGUUUGUGGAAUUACGCCGUCGGAUAUUGAUAAGUACUCGAGAGUCGUGUUUCCCGUGUGCUACCUUUGUUUUAAUUUGAUCUAUUGGAUAACUUAUUUGCACAUUAGUACCGUUAAUCCGGGGGAUUUAACGUUGAUUGGGGGGUAGGAAUUCAAAUAGUUGAGUAAAAAUGGUAGUCACAAAUUGUGCCAGUUAAGUAUGUAUGUAAGUGCAUAUUUAUCAGUAAUACAGUCAGGAAAUGUAAAAUUUUGUCAAGUUCAAUACAUACACAUAUAAAAAGAGUAAGACUUUGUGGCCGUAGCUUAGUCGGGGUAAUGAUAACUGUUCCACUUAUCAUGUUCUGAGCAAAAAAAAACUCGUAAAACCAUGAACUUCAAAAUUAUGCACUACUUAAAUCUUACUCUUACCGAUGAGGUAUUGUAGUUUGUCUUCCUACUUGACUUAGAAAGCACAGUUUUAGAAAUCAAGUAUUAAACUAAUACCAAGCGGUAUUCAUAUAUAAUUCUACCAAAAUGGUAUUGAUAUGUAGUAAUUGCUCGGUAUUAAAGUUUUACCAUACCGGUGGCAAGUUUUUAAGGACGGGUUUAAUUUUAAUACCAAGCGGUAGCAAUUUAUAUAAUACUGAGAAAUCAAUACCUGCCUGACUAUACCAGAUUUCUUUAAAUAUGUUAAAAGUGAAAAUUUAAAAGACUAGAAAGACAUACAUACUUACAUCAAAAAUAUUUCAUAAAGUAAAAAUACACUUCUUCUAGGAACCUUAUCUUUCGCAUGUGAUGGAGAAAUAACAAAUAAUAGCAACCGUGUUGGGUGGUCACCCUCUCUGCCUCAAAUAAUUGAUAAAGAACUUGAUAAAUUGCUCACACGUUAAUGUGACUUAAUAUUAGUAGUUAAGAGUCUAUGGCUACAUCACAGUGAUUACUUGUAGUUGGCAUGAUAUUCAACUACAGGUAAAACUCUGUGAUGAUGACCCAUACACUGAAAAGAGUUGACAUUUGGGUGAAAGUUUUUCGUGCAGUGCAGUAACUGCAUGCACAUGUAUUAAAACAUAUGUACAUAGGUACAUAUGUUAAUAAAUAUGUAAGUAUUCAGUAAUUUUAGCGUAUCAUAACCAAUUUUCAGACAGUGUUAGUAAUAAUUAGCCGUACAAUAACCUUGGGUGAUUUUGCAAUAAAAUAUCAUUAAUUAAAAAAAAA